CCACCAGAGAGCUCCUAAUAUAGACCACGAGUAGUAAAGGGUAAAGAAGUGAACACCGUCAACAGCUGAAAACUUGCUUUUCAUGGACACAACAGACUCAUGGAGCCUCCUUCACAGGUGACAUUUAAUCUGAAUUCUUUCACCUUUUAUUAUUGCUGUCAGAGAUGAUUCUGAACUGUUGUGACAAUGUCAUGAGGGCAACGUUGCAGGUGUCAAUCCCAAAAAAGAAGAGGGAAAUGCAGAAACAAGAGGCUGACGCCGCAGUCUACAUGAACUUCAUGAAGAGCCACCGCUGCUACGACGCCAUCCCAACCAGCUGUAAACUGGUCAUAUUUGACACCACGCUACAAGUGAAAAAGGCCUUUUUUGCUCUGGUGGCAAACGGCUUGAGGGCUGCGCCGCUGUGGGACAACAAGCUGCAGAGAUUUGUGGGAAUGCUGACGAUUACAGAUUUCAUCAACAUCCUCCACUGCUAUUACAAGUCACCGAUGGUCCAGAUGUACGAGCUGGAGAACCACAAGAUCCAGACUUGGCGAGACGUCUAUCUGCAAUAUUCCGAUUUCUUCCUCAUCAGUAUCUCUCCAGAGGCCAGCCUCUUCGAUGCCAUUUAUUCCUUACUCAAAUAUAAGAUCCACAGGCUUCCCGUCAUCGAUCCAGAGUCUGGAAACGUCCUGCACAUUCUCACACACAAAAGAAUCCUCAAGUUCCUUCAUAUAUUCGUGAGUAACUCAUUAUUAUUGUUUGUUAUAAUUCCAUCGUUUUUUUUUUCUCCCCUGACAUUUCUGUUUUUUUUACAGAGGAGACAAAUUCCCAAGCCUGCGUUUAUUCGGAGGCCGAUCAAGGAACUCGGGAUCGGGACAUUCAGGAACAUCGCCACAGUUCAGGAAACAGCGUCGUUGUACGAGGCGCUCUCUAUAUUCGUGGACAGACGAGUGUCGGCUCUGCCGGUGGUCAACGAACGAGGUAAAGUGGUGGCGCUCUACUCAAAGUUUGAUGUCAUUAAUCUCGCCGCCCAGAAGAGUUACAACAACCUGGACAUCACGAUGCAGGAGGCCGUCAGCAGGCGCAGGUGCUUUGUUGAGGGAGUGAUCAAGUGCUAUCCUCACGAAAGCCUGGAAAUCAUCAUGGAUCGCAUUGUCAGAGCUGAGGUCCAUCGGCUGGUUCUGGUGGACAGGAGUGACGAGGUGAAGGGCAUCAUCUCUCUGUCGGACCUGCUGCAGGCCAUGGUCCUCACUCCUGCAGAAAUCACCGUGUGAUCGAAACGAGAAAAUCACCUGUGCCGUUGUUUACAUCGUUUACAUUACAUACAUUAAAGGGAUAGUUCAGGGUUAGUUGAGUUUAUUUUUUUGGGACACAGCCACUCAAUAGAAGACUCCAUCAUUUGCUGAUUUAUCUCAUCAUUAGACAACCUUUUCUGACUGGAAAGAGGACAUUUUGGAAAACCCCACAGAGAAAAUCAGUGAUUAUUAUGAUUAUUAUAGCUCAUGGUGACACAGGAGCUGCUGGUCGUCUGCUGCCUCGUGUGGUAAGUUUGUGACACUGAGGUUAAUCUGAACAAAGUCAAUCAAAUGCCGAAGUGACAAGAUGUCACAUAUGAAUUUACUGAUGGAGGCAGCAGUGGAUCAACAACUCCUGUGUGCUGUGAUGUUAAAAUCAUUGAUUUUUCUCUAUGGAGUUUGGUGUGGGAGAGUGAGUAGUUUGUAAAGUUCAGAUAAGCAAGAUAAAGUGGUUAUUACCUUAAGUUAAGGUAGCUUUUAUGAGUUGAGGCUUUUGUUAAGUGGCUUCUCUUACUAUGUCAAACUUAAAAAAACGCUCAAAUAUCCUUUCAGAUGUUUUCUGUAAUCUUUAUUAAACCCAUGUAAAUGUUUUUUUUCACUUAAAAACCCCCUCAACUAUCCCUUAAGAUGUUUUGUGUAAUCUGCAUUAAAUCCAUGUCAAACAUUGUUUUUGCUUUAUAUAAAUGUUGAUAUUGUC